CCCCGUGCGUUUGCUAUGGCGACAUGACGGCCUGUUUCCAUGGCAACGUCACCGUCAGCGUCGGCGGCCUGACCCUAUGGCGGGAGGUUCGUGGCUGCGUCCGUGACCCCGACUGCACCCAGGUGACGCGUGGGGACGGCGCCGUGGGGCUGAGGGGCUCCUGCUGUUAUGGCGACUUCUGUAACCGGGAUCUGAGCAACAAAACCUUCUUCGCCCCCAAUUUACCCCGAUUGGAGCUGCUGCCCCAUAACCUGCCCCAUAACCUGCCCCAUAACCUGCCCCAUAACCACACCGGGCUGCCCCACGGAGGGUCCAAGAUGGCGGCCGAUGGAUCCAAGAUGGCGUCCAAUGGGUCCAACAUGGCGUCCAAUGGGUCCAAGAUGGCGGCCGAUGGAUCCAAGAUGGCCGCCGAUGGAUCCAAGAUGGCCGCCGAUGGAUCCAAGAUGGCCGCCGACGCUGGCUCCAAGAUGGCUGCCAAUGGAUCCAACAUGGCGGCGCCCGGAGGAUCCAAGAUGGCCGCCGAUGGAUCCAAGAUGGCGGCCAAUGGAUCCAAGAUGGCGGCCGAUGGAUCCAAGAUGGCCGCCGAUGGAUCUAAGAUGGCGGCCGAUGGAUCUAAGAUGGCGGGCGAUGGAUCCAAGAUGGCGUCCAAUGGGUCCAACAUGGCGGCCAAUGGAUCCAACAUGGCGGCCCCCAAUGAUUCCAACAUGGCGGCCCCCACGGAAUCCAAGAUGGCCGCCGACAGCAACGGCAGCACCAAUGGGAAGAGGAGCGGGGCCAAGAUGGCCGCCCACGUGACCCCUGCCGGCCCCAAGAUGGCCGCCGUCGACCCCCAGGGAUCACAUCCGGGGUCAGGGAGCCCCGAGGGCUCAUGGGAGCGGAAGUCCCUAGCGGAUGGGGGCGGGGCUAUGAGGGGGGUGGGGGGGUGGGUGUGGGUCCUCCUAUUAUUGCCCCUCUUAUAAUGGGACCCCAAUAGAAUCCCCCCCCAUUGAUGUCUAUGGGGUCCCAUUGGGGUCUAUGGGGUCCCAUUGAGGUCUAUGGGGUCCUAUUGGGGUCUAUGGG